UCUAAGCCCCACCCCGACUGGGGCCUCGAUGCGCUCGCGCUAUGAUUGGUCGAAUCUGCUGCCCGUCUCUCUCCGCCCAGACACGGCUGCCCGCUGUGAUUGGCCGAGCUGCACAGCUGAUGGAAGACGCUCUAGCGCGGCGGCGCCAUCUCGUUAGCCGAGCGCUCGGCUGCCCCUGCAGGCAUGGAGGGAACCGGGGGCGGCGAUAACCGGGAGCCGCGUGCAGGAGGGGGCGCACCGGGGAGCCGCGGAGGAGAGCAGCGGGCAUCCAGAAAGCGAGGUGUGAGCGCUGGUGUUCCUCCGAUGGUGGCAGUGCCGCUCCGUUACCGCACCAACACGGCGUGGAGGGAAUCCACGGACGGGCCUUGUCCGUCUGUCCCUUGUCCCGCUGUCUGUCCAUCCCAGCAUGCUGGAACUGCUGGCUGCCGUGUGGCCGAGCUCCAAAAGGCAUCGAGGCGUUCCCUGCCGUGUGCGGGCAACAAUAACUGAUGCCCAGGUUGCCCCUGCCCGGUGGCCGCCGGCUCGUCUUUCCGUCCAUCAAGGACAGCUUUAAUUACCCCCGGAGUCUCCCCGCUGCCGGAUCCGGUUCCCAUCAAUGAUUCAUGCCCUGCUGUGGGAAGGGGUUCCUCGGUUGCUGGACUGAGACCGGGGGGAUUUUCCGACCUCUCCGGCAUUAAACUGGUGCGGACGGCCCUGGUGGCGGUUGGAGGUGCACAGGGUGCCCCGUGGGGUGAGUGAUGGGGUUUGGGAGCACAGUGUGGGAAAGCUUUGGGGGCAGAGGCAGCCUGUAGGUCUUGGGUCUCUGGAUGUCACCCACUGCAGCCCAAUGGGGGUCAGGGACCCAUCGGGCUCUGGGGAAGGGCAGAAUUCCUUCCACAUGUGCAUCCCAGCUCCCUGUGGCUGCUGCCCCGUGGAUGGAACGCUUUGUCACACCCCACAUCUGAUCCAGCAGCACAGGGAGGUGUGCCAGCAGCCAGCUUCCCCUGGCAGUUCUGGUCCCCCCAUCCCUUCUGUGGCAGUAUUCUGAGGAGCAGCUCGUCCUCCUGGGGCUGACGGGGGCCGAAGCUGAGCUCUCCCCUCUGCAGGGACAAACACAACUGCCUGCAGAGCCCUGAGGUCCCCAUGGGUGUCCUGAGCUGCAUGAAGUACCUGAUGUUCAUCUUCAACGUGCUGGUGUUUGCCGGGGGGAUCUGCCUGGUGAGCGUGGGGGUCUGGGUGGCUGUGGACCCGGCUGGUUUCCAGGACAUUGUGGCUGCCAAGCCUGUGCUGAGUGUGGGCGCCUACCUGCUGCUGGCUGUGGGCAUCGCCCUCUCGCUGCUGGGCUUCCUGGGCUGCUGUGGGGCGCUGCGCCGGAGCCGGCCGCUGCUGCUGGUGUUCUUCGUCCUCGUGAGCCUUGUCUUUGUCACACAGCUCGUCGGGGCUGUGCUCUUCCUGGCACACUGGAAGCAGAUCCGGCCAGAGCUCUUCCUGUUAGAGCUGCGAAGGAAUUACUGCGGGGAUGAGGGCGCUGAGGUCUUCUCCGUGGCUUGGAAUACCCUCAUGGUGACAUUCUCCUGCUGUGGUGUUUUAGGACCUGAAGAUUUUGGGAACGGCUCCCACUUUCAGGAGCUGCACCCUGGGACGCCCUGGCCGCAGGCGUGCUGUGCCCGGGAUGGGCUCCUGCAGGCAGGAGAGCUGCUGAGCUGGGAGCAGUGCCAGGAAAGGAACCCUGGCUACAUCCACGAGCAGGUAGGGCUACAUGGGCAGCUGCUGCCUGGAGCCUGGGGCGCUGCUGCUGCGCUGUGGUUCUGUGCAGAGGUGACUCCCCAGGUCUCGCGCUGCCCCGCCGUGAUGCCCCGACUUGUCCCAACCUCCCUGUCCCUCGGUCUGUCUCUGAGCUCCCUGCAGCCCUGUGAAGCACAAGGAAUGCCUCCAUCGUCUCCCCUCCUGCCCAGGGCUGCUUCCCCACCUUCAGCAAGACCUUGCAGAAGUACAUCUCUGUCCCCGGGGUGUGCAGCUUGGCCGUGCUGGGCAUCGAGAUCUUCGCUAUGUUCUUCGCCUUUUGCCUUUACUACAACUUUGACUGAUGCUGGGAGCAGCUCUCCAGGCCACUGGCAGCGCAGCAGAGAUGAGCCAGAUGCCUUGGGAACAGCAGCAGGCAAGGACGCUCUGUUUUCUUGCACAUCUCAGCCCAGCUGUGCAGAUCAGUCGCCUUGCUGAGCGCUGCGUCUGCCCCAGCGCGUGGGUAAGGACGAGGUGGCUCAUUAUCCUGGAGCAGGGACAGGGCUCAGGUUCAAAUCUUUGCACCCAUCUACGCAGACGUGGAGGCCAAGCAUCAGAUUUGCUCCUGCUGCCAGGCAAACAGCUGUGACAGCACGGAGCCCUGCCUCUGCAACCUCCUGAGCUGCUCUACCACCAGGACGUCUGCAUCCUCCCCCAGCUCUGUUCCACCACCCCUCGCUGCCCCCCUCCACCCUUCUGGGCCCUUUUUCUCCUUCCUCAGCCCUUCCCUCUCUGCUGCUCUUUUUCUCUGUGCAGCUCCUGGAGAUGCAGCCCAGCUGUGUUAAAUGGUGUUAAUGGUUAAAUGAUCUGCAGAUGGAACCUAAGAGCUGGCUCUCUGGCAGCCUUACAAGCCUUUGCUUCAGGAUAUUUGGAAGAGCCCAAGCAAACUAGAAAAAAAAAAAAAAAAAGCAAAUUAAAGCU